CAUCUUCGGACUUCCUCUCCCCUUCUCCUUCAUCUUCGUUCCUCCUCAAAGGAUAAUAACGAUGAUAAUCACUGUGCAUGAAGAAGAGAGAGGUGACGUCCCAUUUAAAGCAUCACGCCAUCGGGGGCAAGGACCGAGCCAAGAAAAAUCGCCACGAGCGACGGUAAGUGGCCCAUCAAGGUCCGUCCGUCCGUCGAUCCGCGGAGAAAGUAUAAAAAUAUGGAUCGCAUUUAUAACCAACCCCUCUUCGGUUUUGUUUUGCUGGGAGUACAGUCUUCACGACAGGGAUCGGACGCAGAAGUCGUAGCGACCGAUCCAUCGGCAUCUGGGUCCGUAUCUAGGUCGGUAGGGAGGUGGGCAGGGAUCUCCGGCAGAAAGCGAGCGAGCGUGCACAGCCUCAUCAUCUUCUUUCUUUCUUUCUUGCGUUCUUCUCACGAGGUGGGUGUCCAUGGAUGUAUUAAUACGCGACGACGCGAGCGUGAAUCGAACAGACGAGGCAUGUCCGACAGCAACGACGACGCAGAAUUACAGGGCGGCCUUUUCUCCCCCCACCCUCUCUCUCUCUACUCUUCUCUUUCCCUCUCUCUCUCUCUUUUCUUUCUCUUCCCUCUCUUUCUCUUUCUCUUCUCACUCUCUUCUCUUUUCUUUUCGAUCCUUCCAUUCCAAGGUUCCGCAAUAGGUUAAAAAGGGGGGGAAAGGAAAAGAAGACCCGCUUCCCUCUCGUCUUUCUUGCACCUGUGUUUGGUGAUGGAUGAUGGGUGAGUUGGUGGGUGAUG